AUGGCAGUGGCCUCAGUGAAGGUGGCGGUGAGAGUUCGCCCCUUCAACUCUCGUGAGAUUAGUAAAGAGAGCAAGUGCAUCAUCCAGAUGACUGGAAACACAACCACCAUCAUCAAUCCCAAAGCGCCCAAAGAAAACAAGAGCUUCAAUUUCGAUUUCUCCUACUGGUCACAUACUUCGCCAGAGGACAUCAACUAUGCCUCUCAGCAGCAGGUGUACAAAGACAUUGGAGAGGAAAUGUUGCUUCAUGCUUUUGAGGGAUACAAUGUGUGCAUUUUUGCAUACGGCCAAACAGGUGCCGGAAAAUCCUAUACAAUGAUGGGCAAACAGGAGAAGGGCCAGGAAGGAAUAAUCCCACUGCUGUGUGAAGACCUUUUCACCAAGAUUAUUGACAACAAUACUGAAAACAAUAUGUCCUAUUCUGUUGAGGUUAGCUAUAUGGAGGUUUACUGUGAACGAGUGCGAGAUCUUCUGAACCCUAAAAACAAAGGAAAUCUGCGUGUGCGAGAGCACCCUUUACUAGGCCCGUAUGUAGAGGACCUGUCAAAGCUUGCUGUCACAUCAUAUACUGACGUUCAAGACCUGAUGGACUCAGGGAAUAAGGCCAGGACAGUUGCUGCUACCAACAUGAACGAGACAAGCAGCCGCUCUCACGCUGUCUUCAACAUUAUCUUCAACCAGAGGCGACAAGAUGCAAAGACAGACAACACUUCAGAAAAGGUCAGCAAAAUUAGUCUGGUGGAUUUAGCAGGCAGUGAGAGAGCAGACUCCACCGGAGCCAAAGGCACACGUCUCAAAGAAGGGGCAAAUAUCAAUAAAUCCCUCACCACUCUGGGUAAAGUCAUUUCAGCUCUGGCCGAGGUGAACAAAAAGAAGAAGAAAGUGGAAAGUUUCAUUCCCUACAGGGAUUCUGUUUUGACCUGGCUUUUGAGAGAGAACCUUGGUGGCAACUCUCGCACCGCAAUGGUGGCCGCUCUCAGUCCAGCUGACAUCAACUAUGAUGAGACCCUCAGCACUCUCAGGUAUGCAGACAGGGCUAAGCAGAUCCGUUGUAAUGCUGUGAUCAAUGAAGAUCCUAAUAAUCGUCUUGUUCGUGAGCUGAAAGAAGAGGUGUCCCGUCUGAAGGACCUGCUUUACACCCAGGGUCUUGGUGAUAUUAUUGAAACUUUACUCUUAUGUUUAUUCCCCUCUCCUUCUCUCUCCGCCCUGUCCAGUGGGGCAGGCUCCAUCAGCAGCCUGCAUGACCGCAUCAUGUUCAUCCCAGGCAGCGAGGAAGCCAUUGAGAGACUCAAGGAAACAGAGAAAAUAAUUGCUGAGCUCAAUGAAACAUGGGAAGAGAAGCUUCGCCGCACAGAAGCCAUUCGAAUGGACAGAGAAGCACUGCUGGCUGAGAUGGGUGUGGCCAUGCGUGCGGACGGAGGAACUGUAGGAGUUUGUUCACCAAAAAAGACACCCCACCUGGUUAAUUUAAAUGAAGAUCCUUUGAUGUCUGAAUGUCUCCUAUAUUACAUCAAAGAUGGAGUUACCAGGGUAGGGAGAGAGGAUUCAAGCAUCAGGCAGGAUAUUGUUUUGAGUGGUCACUUUAUCAAGGAGGAACACUGCAUUUUCACCAGCAGCACUGGACCUAUAGGAGAAGUCAUUCUAGGGCCUUGUGAGGGAGCAGAAACUUAUGUCAAUGGGAAGAAAGUGACAGAGCCCACUGUUCUCAGAUCAGGUAAUCGAAUUAUUAUGGGCAAGAGCCAUGUGUUCCGUUUUAACCAUCCAGAGCAGGCCCGUCAUGAGCGUGGGAGGACACCCAGUAGCGACACUCCAAUGGAGCCUGUAGACUGGGCCUUUGCUCAGAGAGAACUUUUUGAGAAACAAGGCAUCGAUAUGAAGCAGGAAAUGGAUCAUAGACUGCAAGACCUUGAGGAUCAGUACCGGAAGGAAAGAGAAGAGGCUAACAAUCUAUUAGAGCAACAAAGAUUAGACUAUGAGAGCAGGCUAGAAGUCCUGCAGAAGCAAGUAGAUCGAUAUUACCCUGAUAAAGCAGAGGAGGAGGAUGAGACACAACUGGCAUUGUGGGCAUUCAGUAAAUGGAGGUGUUACCAGUUCGCAUCUCUCAGAGACCUGCUCUGGGGCAAUGCCAUCUUCCUUAAAGAAGCUAAUGCCAUUAGUGUGGAGCUGAAGAAAAAGGUUCAGUUUCAGUUUGUGUUAUUGACAGACACACUGUACUCUCCUCUUCCGCCUGACCUGUUACCCGCUGAGACAGCUAAAGACCAGGAGAAUGUCCCAUUCCCUCGCACCAUUGUGGCUGUAGAAGUCCAAGAUCAGAUAAACGGAGCCACACAUUAUUGGACACUGGAAAAGCUCAGGCAUAGGUUGGACCUGAUGAGAGAGAUGUACGAUCAUGCUGCUGAGGUGCCCAGCAAUGCUCUUGAAGACUGCAACAGUGUCCUGACUGGAGGAGAUCCUUUCUAUGACCGUUUCCCCUGGUUCCGUAUGGUUGGAAGGUCAUUUGUGUAUUUAAGUAAUUUGCUCUAUCCUGUGACCCUGGUCCAUCGGAUUGCCAUUGUCAGUGAAAAGGGAGAUGUCAAAGGCUUCCUCAGAGUAGCUGUACAGGCAAUAUCAGCCGAUGAAGAGGCACCAGACUAUGGCUCUGUUGUUAGACAGUCAGGAACUGCCAGGAUUUCCUUUGAUGAUCAGCAGUUUGAAAAGUCUUGCCCUGCUGGUCUGUCCCUUGCUGGUCUGUCCCUUGCUGGUGUCUCUCAGGAAGAGCUGCAAAUCGUGGAAGGGGAGGGCCAGAAUCCAGAAAUAUGUCUUUCAUCAGAUGAAGUCAACAAUAACACCUGUAAGGCAACUACUUAUCGUAUUUCUAACUCAGAUGAGGAGGAGACCUCUGUCAUAACAGGUCUUGAUGGCAUCCUGGAUGGAGCUCUGGAUCAUUUGAGAAUUGGGGAAGUCUUCACAUUCAGAGUUACUGUGCUUCAGGCAUCAAGCAUAUCUUCAGAGUAUGCAGACAUAUUCUGCCAGUUCAAUUUUAUUCACAGGCACGAUGAAGCAUUUUCCACAGAGCCUUUGAAGAACACUGGACGAGGUCCACCACUUGGCUUCUAUCAUGUGCAGAAUAUUGCUGUAGAGGUGACCGAGUCCUUUAUAGAGUACAUUAAAACUCAGCCAAUUGUGUUUGAAGUUUUUGGACACUACCAGAAGCAGCAUUUCCCCCCACUCUGCCAGGAUAUUAUUAGCCCAUUGCGUCCACGCAGACAACAGUUCCUGAGAGUCAGGCCACUUUCCAAACCAGUUCCUGCCACCAAACUGACAGCUCUCACACAACCUACAGCAGGACCAUGCCACUGUAAAUAUGACCUGCUGGUCUUCUUUGAAAUAUGUGAGCUAGAGGCCAAUGGGGACUAUAUUUCAUCAGUGGUAGACCAUAGAUUCGGCCUGCCAUGCCAUGGCACUUUCAUGUUACAUCAGGGCAUCCAAAGGAGAGUUAAAGUCACCAUAGUACAUGAGUCAGGACGAGAUAUUAAGUGGAAGGAAGUGCGAGAGCUAGUUGUUGGACGCAUACGGAACACAACAGAAGCAGAUGAGACCGUAAUCGACCCCAACAUUCUAUCUCUCAACAUACUGUCUGCAGGAUAUAUUCGACCCACACAAGAUGACAGCAGAACUUUCUACCAUUUUGAGGCAGCUUGGGACUCUUCCAUGCACAACUCUUUUCUGCUUAACCGUGUCACUCCUUAUGGAGAGAAAAUCUACAUGACUCUGUCAGCCUACCUGGAGAUGGAGAACUGCACACAGCCCACAGUGAUAACUAAAGACAUGUGCAUGUUGUUCUACUCACGAGACGCCAAGCUCUCUGCAUCUAGCUCCAUCAGAAACCUCUUCAGCAGUGGCAGUUUGAGGCCAUUUGAAGGAAACCGUGUGACCAGUUUAUAUGAGCUUAGUCUGUGCCACAUGGCUGAUGCUGGCAGGCCAGGGUUGCAGAGACGACAUAGAAGGGUGCUGGACACGUCAGUGGCAUAUGUGCAAGGGGAGGAGAACCUGGCAGGUUGGAGGCCCCGUAGUGACAGCCUCAUCCUGCAACAUCAUUGGAAGUUGGAGAAACUGAGCCUUGUGCAGGAGGUGGAGAAAACCAGGCACUACCUUCUCCUCAGAGAGAAGCUGGAGUCCACCUUUCUGCUGAGCCAGGAGUCACUGCUAUCCUGCGGGAGUGAGGAUGUAAGUGAGUCCUCUUCCCCCUCCACCCACCUGGGUCUGGAUCACAACCCAGGGCCGGGUCCUGACAAUCCCAAUGAGAGGCAAAGGGAGCUAACUGCCAGGUGUCUGCGAUUAUUUAACCACACCUUCAACAGUGAUUACAGCCAUGUUUUUGUUAGCGUCAGCGAGAGCAAGUUAAGUGAGAUGUCAUUAACUCUUCUGAAAGACUCUGCCUCACUGGGUGCUGAGAGCAGCAACACUGAACUCAGACCUCCAACAUCUCGAUCAUGUGCUGUCAGUCCCAACCCUGAUUCUGAAACGGAUGGCAAGAAGUCUCCUCCAAAGUCCAGACCAAGAACCCACACCUUUGUUCCAGACAUUCAUGAAAUUCAUAUCAGUCCUAUUGUGUCAAAGAAGGGCUAUUUGCACUUCCUGGAUCCCCAGAGUAAUGGCUGGGUUCAGAGAUAUGUAGUGGUACGUCGGCCUUAUGUCUACAUUUACAACACCGAGAGAGACACAGUGGAAAGGGCCAUCCUUAACCUGACCUCAGCACAAGUAGAGUACAGUGAAGACCAGCAGGCCAUGCUAAAGACCUGUUACACAUUUGCCGUGUGCACAGAGCAUCGUGGGAUACUCCUUCAAGCCAGUAAUGAAAAUGAAAUGCAUGAUUGGCUGUAUGCCUUGAAUCCUUUGCUUGCUGGAUCUAUCAGGUCUAAGGUGUCCAGAAGAAGAGCCGGUCAGAUGAGGCUUUAAGAACAUCAAAUGUAAACUGAUCAUACUAAACAAUUCUUCAAUAAAAUAAUCUCCCACCAAGGACUAACACUGUAAAUAGAUCUCAUCGCAAUUCCCCUAGUUUUUGUGCAGGUCCUCUGUGGACCUUUACCCACCCACACUAGCACAUGCAUAUUUAAAGGCCCAUUGUUCUGCUGGUCUAGUGGCAUAGAUAUUCAACUUAUAUCGUCAACGAUAAAGGCUAACAGCUUCAUUGUGAUAGAGAUAAUAGUUGCCCAUAUACUGUAGUCUUCAGCUGGCAAAGGAAAUUCCUAUUUCUGAAGAUGUCAGCUCAUUCAAACACAUCUAAAUAUAUUACUGUGAAAAAUAAGGUUGAAAACGAGGACAAGUAAAUUAUUAUAGUCACAUGGCCUUAUUGCGUUUAUUUUACUUGUGUAUGUUUAUGGGUUUGAAAUUAUAAAAGUGGUCAGUAUUUAAUUCAUAUGUUUAUGUUUAUCUCUUGGCUAUUGAUGAUAGAAUUGAUCAAUGUAAGUAAUUCUUAGCAAGAAACAGAUAAAUCACUUAAUAUUAGGCUACACUCUUCCUCUCUUUACGAGUAGUUCUUAAUGUAGAAAUUAUUAUAAUUACUCAUAUAC